GCGGGGUACAAUCAAAGAGUCAUCCUUGAAUAAUCCCUCCAGAUAUAUAUCCGGAAGGAACUACACAACUAAACACCACCCUCGCACAACGACACUCCACCAUGGACAAGUCAAUACACCCACUCCGGAAAAUCCUCCUAGUCGUAACAACAGGAGGAUUCACACACGCAGCCCCCGUGCUAGAAAUCGGCAGAGCUCUGGCAUCGCGCGGCCACACGAUCGAAUUCGCAACCCUGGAGGGCCAGGAACACUGGGUGCAGGAAUAUGGCUUCGUCACCAAAGUACAUCUCCUAGGCCCUGGCCCAACAGACGAACAACUAGAAGCGCACUACCGCCGCUCACAAGCGUGGGAUAUCUCCAAAGGACUAGGGGCAUCAAUGGAGUCCAAGUACAUGUUUGAUUCGUUCUGGCCGCAGACUUACCACGGUCUCAAGAGGAUGAUGGACAGUGCAGAGUCUAGGCCCAGCAUGAUAAUUGCGGAUUUCUUCGUCGAUGCAGUCAAGGACAUUCACGUCGAGUACCGGUUACCUAUCGCAGUGGUGUGGCCCAAUAUGCCCUUCCUCAUGCUCCCCUGUCCCUACAUCCCCAGUCAGCCGGAUUUUCAGCUCGAAGGAACGCUUACCUCCGAGACGGCGUCUAUGUGGCUACGCAUUAAGAACGAGUUGGUCGUGGUGACGGGUCUGGGCGCUAUUCUGAAGUGGAUGAACUGGACGAAGCGGAUGCGGCGGGCGAAUGGGGUAUAUAAGCCCCCGCAUCGUCUGGAGAAGCCGGAUUAUUUGGUCCUGGUGAAUUCGUUCUUUGGGCUUGAGAUUCCGCGCGAUUUGCCGCCUACUUGUGUGCCGGUGGGGCCGCUUUUGAGCCCUAGGUUUACUCCGUUGGAUGAGGGUUAUAAGGCGUUUCUGGAUGGACACCAGUCGGUUUUGUAUAUCUCGCUGGGAACGCAUAUCAUUGUGUCUCAUCAGGAUGCUGUCAAGAUCGUCAAUGGAGUUGCGCGUCUUAUGCAGGAGCAGCUGAUAGAUGGAGUCAUCUGGGCCGUUGGCAAGGACAGUGGGCAAGACCUAGACCCAAACCAGACCUUCGAUAUCAAAGACAGCACCAUUCAACUAAGUGAACUAAUCAACAACAAACACCCCGACUGGCUCUUCCCCUUCUUCGCCCCCCAACGUGCAAUCCUAGACCACGACUCCACCAAGCUCUACUUCACCCACGGCGGCGGCUCCAGCACCAACGAAGCCCUCUACCACGGGAAACCAUGUAUUUCUAUGGGCUUCUUCUUCGACCAGAUUGCAAACACUACCCGUAUUGUCGCAGCUGGCGUCGCGGAACCACUUAACAAGUUUCACUUUACGUCUGAUGAGCUGUACACCAAGGCAAAACAGAUCCUCCAGUCCGACGGCGAAGGACACUACAAGCGCAACGUUCUACGCAUGAAACGCAUCGCACACGUCACUGCGAAGCGCAAAGACUAUGCAGCUGAUCUGGUCGAAGAGCUCAUGUACGAUAACGAGUUACGCUUCGAUGAUGAAGGGAAGGAAUUGCGGCCCAUGCAUUUGCAGACUGCUGAUAUGCGCAUGCCGGCGUAUAAGGCUAAAAAUUGGGAUUUGUAUGCGGUUAGUGCGCUGGGAGGGGUUGCUUUGGUGGGAUCGAUGUGGUUUGCAGGGAGGCUAGCGUGGAUGUCUCGUGGGAGUGUUAUUGAUGGGUUGAGGGGUGUUUUCAUGUAAACUUUUUAUGAUGGGAUAUUUGAUAUCUGUAGACUGAACCAUAAGCACCGCUGCUUUUGUUGUUGUCGUUGCAUCAUUAUUUGUAACGACGGAAUGUCAACUACUAUAGCCAACUAAAACAACAGUAAACGAUUUCUUAGG